AAUUGUUCUUCAAAUACUGAUAAAGCUUACAAAUCUUUUUUAACUGAAUUCAAUAUGGGAGGAGAAAUGCACUUUGCUUGGUUCUACUUUCAUUAAUGGGUGGGCAAAUUGUUUCUGACUGGGAACAGAAUAAUACCAAACCCCAAAGCGUCCCUCCUGGAAAGAAAAAGCUAGUUUCUAUUAAAAAUGAAGAGCAGAGAAACACAUGCAACACUGAAUUUGCUCACCACAACAGUACACAGCUUCUAAGACACCUUGGAGUUGGGUUUAAAGACCAACUUGAGCUAAUCUAAGACUGCACCUCCAAAAGUGAGGGGGUAAGGGGAGACCUGUUUUCACCUGUGGACCUUGCAUGAGGACUCAGAAUUUCUCAGCCUUGGCAUAUACCAGUUUUGCUCCCUGGUCCAUCUGAAAACUAACAUUGCUAGAAAAUUGAAAAGAACAAAGUUUAUGUUUUCAGUUGGCUGAGUGAGGCAGUCUGGUGUAAGCAGGGCAGUACAGUUGGAAGUGGGGGCACAGACGACAACUAACCUCUGCCUACAAUACUGGAUUUUUCAAUUAGCUUAAGCUAUGCAUAAAGGAGUAGCUUGGUAACCAUUCUUUGUGAAAACAUCUUUUUUUCAACAUCCUUCAACAUCCAUAUAGAUCAGCGAAAUACUCAUUUCUGCAGCUGUCCCUCAGCUCUUCAAUACAGCAUUUCCUUCUUUCCUUGAGGAGAAAAAUGACCUGGGGUUUCCUACGUGAUCUGUUGAGUGGAGUGAAUAAAUAUUCAACAGGAAUUGGAAGAAUUUGGGUAGCAGUUGUGUUCAUAUUCCGCUUACUGGUUUACGUUGCAGCUGCAGAAAACAUCUGGAAACAUGAACAUGAUGAAUUUGAAUGCAGUAUCAAGCAGCCUGGUUGCGAGAAUGUUUGCUUUGACCAUUUUUUCCCUGUCUCCCACAUCAGACUUUGGGCUUUGCAAUUAAUCAUGGUCUCAACCCCUUCACUCUUGGUUGUUUUUCAUAUUGCUUACCGAGACAACAGAGAGAAAUGCCACAACCAGAAACUUUAUAAAAGCGCAGGAGAGAGAGAUGGUGGAUUGCUGUGCACUUCCCUUGUCAGCCUUAUCUUAAAAACAGGAUUUGAAAUAGUUUUUCUUGUUCUGUUUUAUAAAUUGUACAAUGGAUUCGAAGUACCAUGUCUUGUGAAAUGUGACAUAAGACCGUGUCCCAAUACUGUAGACUGCUAUAUUUCCAAACCUACAGAGAAGAUGAUUUUCCUCUAUUUUCUGGUGGCAACUUCCUGCCUGUGCAUUGUAUUAAAUGUAAGUGAAUUAAGUUACCUCAUUUUCAAAUACUCUGUAAAAUGCUAUCUGAAGAUAUACAUAAAGAAACAUCAAGACUCAGAAAGUGAUUGCCACAAAUCAGAAACCAUCAUUCACAACAGAGCAACAGCUGCAGGACGGUUCCAUGACAGCUCCCUGUCCCUGCCUCUGAAUAUGCAAGAUGAAUGUGAAAAAAAUUCCCUGUCAACUUGAAAGAAGGCUGAAGACCACUUCCUGCUGCACAAACUGUAUUUGGCCAAUUGCUUUUCCAAUCCGUGCUUUACAGAACUGAAAAGAUAGAUAGUUAUGUAGGAAAUACUUUUUGUCUUGUUAAUUCCCCCUGACUUGAGAAGAUAAAUUCAGUCGCAUUGUGCAUGUCAUACAUAGAAUCAUCUAAAUCUUUUCAUGGUGAAACAAGUGGCAUAGAAAUCUGAAAACUCCAUGAAGCUUCAAUAUAAAUGCAGAUGCUUAUGAUAAAUCACACCUAAACAAUUGCUCAAUGAGCUGUGUUUUGAAUAUUACACAGGAUUGCUUUGGUACAAGCAAAAAGAGGCUUUUUAUAUGAAGAGUUGGAAGAACUUGGGAUUGAUGAAGAUGCUGAACAGUAAGAGGAUGUACAGCAUUGGUUGAGUGGAUGGCUCUGACAACGGUUGAAAUAGUGAGUAUAAGGCGUUGGCAUAUGAUGGCUGCUGGUGUGUGGAAGUGAGCUGGGUGGGCACAAGCCCAUUCCACUGGACUACUGUAAAACAUCUCAAAAUAAAAAGAAAGAAAAUAAGAAGUGGCAGACACAUCUAGUUUAGCCCAUGGUGAUGAAGACAGACCUGGUUAUUAAGCUAUUUAUGGAGAAUUUCCUUCUGAAGGUAUUUGAGCCCUUUACAGUUUUUAGGGCAUUUAUCAUCAGAGCAUGUCCUGUAAGAAAAGGUACUUGCUCAAACUUGUGCAGGCAACUUGUACCAGAGUUAACUCCUGGUCACCUGCACCAAGGAUCUUCUCAGUAAUUUGACUUUUCUUCUGCUCCGUGGCUGUGGCAUUUAAUGGAAAAAGAUCAUUCCCAGUUCCCCAGGAUCCGAGCGGUGAAACAGCCUGCACAACAUGGCAAGCCAGUAGUCCUGGCAUUCAGUAGCAAUGUCUUCUAGGAUCUAGUCUUCUGUUGAACCCAGACUUCUGAGAUGAUAGAAAUUGGCACCUAAAAAGACAUACUUCAGGGUAGCUGAAAUACAUUUCCGUUGCUGGAAUGAAAGACCUCUGGACAUACCUCAGUACUGAGUCUGAUCAAAAUACAUCUUUUAGAGAAAAACACCGUCUGCUGUAAGCAGAGCCGCCUUAACGCUGAAUUG